AUGAAUUUGCGCCUAAAAGAUAUCACCGACAACUUGCUUCUCCUCGAUGUCCUCGACGAUGAGGACGCUGAUGCGGAAUUCGAAGAAAACCUCUCGCUCGAACAACAACUCGGACGACUUCUAUCCACUAGUUCGAAGAGCUCCACGACAUGCAGCUUUACCGCACAACAACAAGCCGCCUUCGACGAGUCAAGUUACAGACUGAUUGGCUGGGGAGCAUGCGGAGCCAUCUACGCCAAAGAUGGAUCCUCGCACGUUCUGAAGCUGGCCAAGACGGACGACCUCCAGCUCUGGAACGAUUAUCUAAUGCAUACUCGGGUAUGGGAAGCGAUGGCACAAGUUCCUGACAUCUCAGGGGAGGUUAGAGUACCUGAACCGACCUUCUACGUUCCAAAGGACGAGCAGGGUUGGUGGGCAAAACGCUUGCCCAUGUUCCCCACCCAGGACAUCGCCGUUAAUCUUCCCACGGCUGUACUCUGCACCGAACGGAUCCAUCCGCUCCCUAUACUAGUCAGACACAAGCUCAUCGAAAAGUUCUGCGCGCCUCGGAACAGAAGAAAAGCACUCCAGUCUCCCGGCAACAAAGAUUGCCUCGUCCGGGUCUAUCUUGGCAGCCGGCAAGGAAAGGCCAGCGCCCUCUUCUUCUCGCUCCGCAAUUUCAAAUUGCACCUGAACCAAAUGCUUGAGCUGGAAAUGAACACGUUCGAGCUGGCGGGUUGCAUGGCUGGCGCACUGGCUGCCAUGCACUGGAAAGCAAAGAUUGAUGCAAGAGACGUGGAGUUCGUUCUUGGGACUGCUCCGAUCGCUUACCCCGCCAAGCCUCUGACGUCCGUCGAGCUCGCAAACAUGGAGCCCAACACCUACACGGAGAUGCGGGUGUUCACAGGGUUGAGCUACGUGCAACGCACCACGCAUCUUUGGGUGCUUGACUUCAACCAGUGCCAACCAAUUUCCAUGGACGAGGCCGGCGUCUCCCAAGCAGUGGGGGCAUAUAUGAUCAACGACCCCUACUAUCCCCGACCGCCCGUUGAAGACGAUGAUGACCAUGACAGCAGACUGUGGAGCACAUUUGCGAUUCGAUACAUUCGAAUUUCGGAUCGGAUUCUGCGGAAGAACCCCGAGCUCCGCUCGUUGCCACGGCUGUUCAUCAAGAAGGUGAUGGCAGAGCAGGCUGAGAAGGUGAAGAGGCAGGAGAAGUUGGAAGCGACCACUGGCGAAGCUCCUUAA